AGCCACAAACUUCACAGCACCGUGUUGGCCACAACUGUACUACUUUUUCUCUGGUUCUUCUACGUAAACAGCGUAAAGUGACGUAAGGUAAGUUUGUUUACGUCUUGGUGCGUCGUGGAUGGCUGGACACCUGUGCGUAAAACCAAAUGGGUAUGGCUUCCUCCGAUGACACAGAUAGCUCCCUUAGUUCUGUGGAUUUCAUUCAGCUGCAAAGUUACAUGGAUGAUAGCAACAAAAGAGUGAAAGAUGUGUUAAAAGAUUUUCAUCCUGGAGGAAAACUGGCAAAGCACACAUUUGGAGAGUGUUUGAAUGAGGGGGGCUUCUCUCUCUUCCUGAAAACAUAUUUGGAUGUUGGUGAUGUUCCUCCUGAUUUCUGCAAACAUCUCUUUCAAUAUUUCAAACACGUGGAUCACAAUGGAGGAGGGGCCUGUCAGAAGGGAGGUGGAGUUUUCCUUCGGGAUGUUUCCUGUUACUUUUCUGUUCUGGAGGACGGACAGCCACGAGACAAACUUGAGUUUACAUUCAAACUCUAUGACAAAGACAUGAAUGGGCUCCUGGACAGUUCAGAGGUGGACCGGAUCAUCACCCAAAUGAUGAGAGCAGCAAAUUACCUUGGCUGGGAUGUUACUGAGCUCAAACCUACGCUGAAGGACAUGAUGAAAGCCAUAGAUACGGACAACAGUGGGACAGUGACUCUGGAGGAGUGGGUCAAAGGAGGAAUGAACAACAUCCCUCUGCUUGUGCUGCUGGGGCUCAAGAUGACAGAGAGGGAUGGGCAGCACAUCUGGAGGUUGAAACACUUUAACAAACCCACGUACUGUUCAGUGUGUGAGAGCAUGCUGCUGGGGCUGGGCAAACAGGGCCUCUGCUGCACAUGCUGUAAGUACAUAGUUCACAACCAGUGUGCCAACAAGAACCCUGAGCCCUGCGCACGCACCUUCGUCAAAUCCAAGAAGGAGAUUGGUAUUCCAGCUCAUGACUUCAUUAGGGCUUACUGCAAAUCAAACAAAUGCGAAGUUUGCCACAAAAAAAUCAAAACUUUAGGAGGACGGAGCUGCAUUUGGUGCCAUGAGUGUCGUCACGAUGAGUGUGUUGUUGGCAUUAAGAUGUGUGAUUGUGGACCGCUGAAAGACCACAUCCUCCCUCCCUGGGCCAUUUGUGCUGUUUCCAAGGAUGAAAAUACAGGGCUGUUAAAUGUAACUCCAGAUGGCCACAACUUACAGGUUUUCCCAAUUAAAGACACCCAUCCUCUGCUUGUAUUUGUCAACCCAAAGAGUGGAGGGAAGCAGGGGGAGAAAGUGCUGAGAAAGUUUCAAUAUCUGCUAAACCCUCGACAAGUUUACAAUUUAUCCAAUGGAGGGCCAGCUCCAGGUUUAAAAUUUUUCCACAACCUACGAGAUUACAGGAUCUUAGUUUGUGGCGGGGAUGGUACUGUUGGAUGGCUUCUCGACGCUAUAGAUAAAGCCAAUCUCCCGGUUCAUCCUCCUGUCGCAGUUUUACCUUUGGGCACGGGGAAUGACCUGGCUCGCUGUCUACGCUGGGGAGGAGGUUACGAGGGGGGAGACCUAGAGGAGAUCCUGAAGGAGAUCGAGAACAGUGAGGUGAUCGGGAUGGACCGCUGGAGCAUCAAAGUGGUGCAGGAUGACCCCGAGGAGGUGGGAGACCCGGUGCCCUACCAGAUCAUCAACAACUACUUCAGCAUCGGAGUGGACGCCUCGAUCGCUCAUCGCUUCCACUCCAUGAGAGAGAAGUACCCACAAAAAUUCAACAGCAGAAUGAAAAAUAAACUUUGGUAUUUUGAGUUUGCCACAUCGGAGACCAUCUCCGCUUCCUGCAAGAAACUGAAGGAGUGUCUAAUUAUAGAGCGGCAUAUUGGCGGGGUGGCUGUUUGUCUGAGCAGACAGUCCUUCUACAUCCUGUGUGAAUCCAGGAGGGUCUGUAACUGGAACAACCCUCCUCUUAACUCCAACCACAUCCACUAA